CUCCACUCGCCCUGCAGAUGAAGCGAUAAGGCGAACGCGUCACGGAUUCAAUCCUCCACGCGCGCGCCCUGUCAUUUUUUUUCUCAUCCACUUCCACGCGCGUUUAUUAAUAUUAUUAUUAUUAUUAUUAUUGUUAUUAUUUUUUUUUGCAAUGAACUUAUUCGGGAUUGCUGACAUGGACCACGAAGCAAAAAAAAGAUCCGAUCUGACACUUUAUGUUCAAUACAAGCAAUAAGAAGUCGGAUCUCGCGCGUGCAUUGCAUCGGAUUCGUGUGCGUUUGGACCGAGAAUAAAAAAUGGGAACGCUGAUGUGCAUUUUGCAAGAACAAGCCGAAAAAAAAAGUUUGCACGGAGAUGAGAGAGAGAAAGGGAUGAGAAGAUCGGAUGGAUGCCGUGAGCGCGUGCACCUGCGUAACGGGGGUCCGUGAAGCCCGUUUUCGGACUUAACGCGCGAGGUUACGUCCACGUUACCUUGCUGCUGCUGCUGCUGCAAACGUGGGAAAGCGCGGCGGGCAUGCGGAACGCGCGGAUGCAUGGCCGGGCACGGUGCUCUCCGCGCGCUGCUGAUGCUCGUGGCCGCGGGCACGUGCGUAGGGGCCGCCGAGCGCCUCGCGUGGCUCCUGGCGGACAAGGGUCCGUUCCGGCGCGCGCACGAGUUCACCGAGUUCCACGAGCGACACCAGCACGGCUUCACCACGCGCUACAAGAUGUACAGGGAGUUUGGUCGAUGGAAGGUAAACAACCUGGCCAUGGAGAGACAGGAAUCUGUGCCCUUUGACCCCGAGUUUGCACGCAACAUCAGGCAGCUGGGACGACGGCCAAGCCUGCAGAUGAUCACAGACACGAUCAUCAAGAAGUACGGCACUCACUUCUUGGUCUCAGCCACUCUCGGAGGCGAGGAGUCCUUGACUAUUUUCGUGGACAAGCAAAAGCUCAGCGAGGCCCAUUCGAACAGCGGAGCGGCUAACGGCACGCUGACGCUCGAGGCCCUCCAUCACCUCGCCGCCUCCUACUUCAUAGACCGGGACAGCACGCUGAGGAAACUCCACCAUCUCCAGAUCGCCUCGGCCGCCAUCAAGGUGACUGAGACGAGGACCGGCCCGCUCGGCUGUAGCAACUACGACAACCUCGACUCCGUCAGCUCAGUCCUGGCUCACAGCCCCGAGAACCGAAUCCAGCUCCAAGGCCUCCAGGUGCUUUUGCCAGAGUACCUCAGGAGCCGGUUUGUCCAGGCGGCUCUGAGUUACAUCAGCUGCAACAGCGAAGGGCGCUUCACAUGCCGCGACAACGACUGCUGGUGUCAGUGUAGCGAAGGGCACCCAAAGUGCAACUGCCCCCACGCCAGCCUCCGGGCACAGCAUGCCAACCUGGAGCACGCUAACCAAGCCUGGAAGCAAACCAACUUGGAGUUUGAGCAAUCAGAUGAGUUCCAGGCGUUCAUGGUCCGGCUGUUGACGCACGCCGCCCUGAAUUCAUCGUCGGUGUGGCGCGAAUGGCGGAGCGAUGUGCCGCUGCAAAAGCGCUACAGGAAGUUGGAGAGCGACGCCGGAUUCCUCAUCAGCAAAGCGCAAGAAAGCGCCGCUAAACUCUUCAGCCUGGGACGAAGGUGCCGCUCACGGCCCCAAAUCAUCCUGCCAAGGGAAAGGCAUCUUGGUUACUGGCUGCAACAUGCCCUUUCUCUACUGUACUGCGGUGAAGCUGAGUCAACAGGGAUCUACUCGGAGGUGACACGUAGCUGUGUGUGCCCGGGUGGCCAUCUGUCCUGCCAGGGUUCCAUCCCCUGCUCGGUGGGCACCGGAGGCCGCUGCGCAUCCUGCUCUACAGAAAACCGAACCCGCUGCUCAAGCUGCAACAGCGGCUUUGCGUUGAGCCACGGACUGUGCCGUCCGGCGGCCCCGAGUCCCACCAAGCAGUACCUCAGCACUGAGACAGAGAUGCAUGACUCAGAACUGCGUGAUCUCCUGGAGCAGCGCGACAGCCACCUAACCAUAUCCGGCGUCUUUGUGAGCAGUGAUGUGAAACUUAACACCUGGUUCGAACCUUCACUGAGAAAACGGAUGCUCUUGACACUUAAGAGCAAUAAAUCUAAGUCAAGUCGAGUGCACAUGCUGCUAGGGAUUUUGGCGCAAAUUUGCGUGACGAAGAACUCGACCCUGGAACCGACGCUCUCGGUUUCAGUGAACCCGUUCGGCGGGAGUCACUCGGAGAGCUGGACGAUGCCGAUGAACCAAAAUGGGUACCCCGACUGGGAGAAAACGAGGUUAGACUCCCCGAUGGACUGCUACAACUGGACUUUAAUGUUGGGGAACCGCUGGAAGAGCUUCUUCGAGACGGUCCAUUUCUAUUUGAGGAGCCGAAUCCAGAGUGACGGGAAUGCUCAAGCCAACGAGACAGCAAGUGAGUCGGAAACGGCGAAUCAAAAUGCCUCACAGAACGCUGGCUACAUGAAAAUGACUAAGAUUCAGCUAUUCGGAUACAGUGUGAACUUUGACCCAGAAGCCAUUCGAGAUUUGAUCCUGCAGCUGGACUAUCCAUACACGCACGGAUCUCAGGACUCGGCACUGCAGGAGUUGAUGGAAAUUCGAUACCGAGUUAAUCGUUUAUCUCCUGCUGGACCAAUGCCUCUGGAUCUUUUCUCGUGUCUCCUUAGGCACCGACUGAAACUCUCAACUUCAGAGGUUUCACGAAUUCUGGCCGCGCUGCAGUCUUUCGGCGCCAAACAUCGAUAUUACACUGAGUACGAAGUGGUCAAACUUUGUAGCUAACAAGUAACAUUCGGAUCUGAUCUUUCUGUUUGUUUUUGAUGAAAUGUUGACAGUCUGAAGUUUUUUUUCCUGUCUAGUUUUCUAAAGGCAGAAUUGUUGACUGGGGUGUUUGAUAUAGACCGUUUUACUCUUCAUAGACAUAUUUGUAUUCGAUGUCCGACAUGGAUGCAAGAUGCUUUACCUGAAACGCAAACGUGUUUUCCUGAAUGAUGUUCUGAGGAGUAAAUAAAUGGGUAUAAUCUUG